AUGGCGCAUGGCGCGGAGGAUUGCGCAACUGUGCUAGAACAGUUUGUGCACGACGUGGCUAAUUUGCCUCUCGAGAUCAACCACUUGAUGGAGGAGAUCCAGGCCAAGGACAAGCUCAUGCAGGAGUGCCGCGCCAUCAUCAACUCGCGCGACGGAAGCAUCCAGAAGUUCAUCAAACUCAACGGCAGCUUGACUCCAAAUCCGAAGGAAGAGCAGUAUAGCAAGGCGGUCUUGCAGAAUCUCGACCGGUGCGAGGCUCUCCAAAGCGAGAAGAUCCAGCUCAGUGAGAAAGCAUGCGUGCUCCUCGACCGGCAAGUGAAGCGACUUGACGUGCGCAUUCGGGACCUGCAGAAUGAAGGUCUCCUCUCAACCGAACCGCCGCUUCCCUCACUUUUCGACAAAAAUAGUCAGACGUACCGCGAUCCGCCGAAGCUGCUGCCCAGCGCCUCGCUCAGCAGUCAACCCCCCCGCGCCUCAGGUCUCUCUGCUCUGACAGCCCAACAAGCCGUCCGGAACUCCGCUCCAGCCACACCAACGGGCUCCGCCGCUAUGCACCUCCAACAACGACAGCGCGAGUCCUCUGCCAGUGCAGUGGAUAGCAAGCGCCGCCGCCUAAAUCCAUCUCUCAGCACCCUCCCUGCAGCAUCCUCAAAUCUCCGACAAUCAUCUCUGGGACCUGGAACCCCCAAAGCCGGUACUCCUGGCGUCAGCCGCGCAGGAAGCGCAGGUCCACGCUCUACCGGCAUCGUUAAGAAAGCGUUGACUAAGAAAGUCGCACCUCAUCACCAAAUUAAGAAGAUCAAAGCCUCAAAUAAAGCCAGCAAGCGUUCCUCAAGUGGAAGCCGGCUCAAGAAGAAAUCGCCUAAUGGCGACGGCGACGAAGAUGACGAUUCCAUGCUCAGUAGUGCUGACAUGUCGGACUCGGAUAAGAGCGGCGCGGAGGAUGAUGAGGAUAUGGAUGAUGACGAUGACGAUGAGGAGGGUGCUGAGGAUACCAAGGUUUAUUGUACUUGUCGUACGGUUAGCCAUGGGGAUAUGGUGGCUUGUGACAAUGAUAGUUGUCCAUAUGAGUGGUUCCACUGGAAAUGCGUGGGCUUGUCACGGGAACCGGUUGGGACGUGGUAUUGUGAUGAGUGCCGGAAGACGUUAGGGAAAUAG